UAAAUGUAUGUGACGAUGUGACAGAUCGCCCGGUGUUCGGGAAAGUAGAUCCAAAACAUGCGAGGUCUUGCUUGAAACACCUCUGGCAUGCCCUGCCUUUUACAGUGCCGACAAAGCCACAGGCGCGUGAGCCUAGCGCAGGCUAAUGCUUUUGUUUGUACGAGAAUAGGCCGAUUUCACCAACGAGUGCACGAGAUGGUGACGUCUCCGGCAGCGGCGGCGAAACGCAAAUAACUGGUGUGAUCUAGGGCCUCUCUCUGGCGCCACUAAAUAAUCUCUAUAUAUACCUCGUUUCAGCUGAACACCAGAAGCAGCCGAUGCUACAAACGCGAGCUCCGGGCUUUCAGCGUUCCCUGCCGAGCACGCGCGCUGGUGCAGUGCCAGCAUUGUUCAGAGCGGUUCAGGGCCUCGUGCUCGUAGCGUCGGCUGAAAUGAAGCAUACUAAAAUCGAUAGGAGGUACUUUGCAAUUUUACAAAGCCAUGUUAGCCACGCGCUGGCGCCCGAGCCUGUCGCGUGUCCACAUGCUGUGCCACAACAUCGUCAACGGAAUAUCGAACCCUACGAAGUACAAGGGCAAGAAGAAACAAAACAAUGCGUUCAUUUCGAGUGCCGGGUUGGAGCUUUGACAAAUCCUUCAGACAACGCUUGGUCGCGACAGCGCGUCCACUCCACGAAUCGCAUCUGGUUGUUGUGUUUAUCACACUCCUCGUCGUUUGUUACCUACUUUUCUCGGCGGGGAAAUCAACGCGGCCGACUGACGGCUUCCUUCAGAUGUCCGAGUGGGAUAUAGACGCAAACGCCAGCGAGUGUCCGUGGACGCCUCGCACGGAACGCCAGGACUUUUGGAUUCCCGCCGACAGGCUCAUGUGUCCGUCCCUGUCGGCGUCCAUGCCACAAAGUUUUCCCAUCAACGCGGAAGUCAACAAAACUCUACUGGGCGAACUGUCCACAAGGUUACAGCCGGGGGGUCGGUGGGCGCCAUCUUGGUGCAAGUCGGCCCACUUCGUCGCCAUCUUGGUCCCUUACCGCGACCGCCAGAAACACCUCUCCCUGUUCCUCCAACACAUGCACCCGUUCCUGCAGAGGCAAAGCGUGCAGUACACCAUCUUUGUCGUCGAGCAGACCGCCGAAGGCGCCUUCAACCGGGCCAAGCUGUUAAACAUCGGGUUUGUGGAGGCCACGAAGCGGGACAGCUACUGCUGCAUCUUCUUCCACGACGUGGACUACCUUCCGGAAGACCUGCGUAACCUGUACCGGUGCGAGCAGCAUCCCAGGCACGUGGGCUCGGCGGUCAGCGCGUUCCGCUACGUUCUGCCCUACCCCGAAUUCUUUGGUGGGGUCGUUUCGAUGAGGGCCGAGCACUUCGUCCGGAUCCGGGGCUUCUCGAACCACUUCUUCGGUUGGGGCGGAGAAGACGACGACUUGUUCCGACGGGUGAAGCACGCCGGACUCUUGGUGGUGCGCUGGCCAUCGUCGAUAUCGCGCUACACGAUGCUGGAACACAAGAAAGAGGUGCCUAACCCUCACCGCGAUGCGCUGCUGUUCAGCGGGGACGAGAGGUUUCAGUCGGAUGGUCUGAGCAGCCUGGAAUACAAGCUGAUCCAGCUGGAAGAGAAACCGCUGUACACGCACAUCCUGGUCGACGUUUAUGCGCCGACUUGAUCUAGAGUAGAGGGAAGCACCCUCACUCGACGGAUCGGUUCAGCCCCACGAAAGCGCUGCCGCUGAAGUCGUUUUCUACGUUAAUAAUUCUAGUGUGUUCCUUUCGGGCUGUGUUUGAUUGCUGGUAAGGUAGGAAAUGCAACGACAAUUCGACCCGCAUAUUGCAUAUAGUUCUUGAGAACAGCAUGCGUAUGCAACUGUCAUGAUUCCUAUUUGUGUUUAUUGGGUUUGUGUGAAACAUCAGGUGUGUGUUUGAUACACUGAAUAAGUAAUAUUGCUCCAAUUAUCUGGUAACGAGUAAAGCAUAAGUUCUUAACAUCACGCUUGUAUCCAAAUGUACCGACAUGCAAAUAAAAUUCAAUACCUUGAUCGUCUAAA